AUGGCAGAACAUGUACCAGGGGAGGAUCCUCAGCUGUCCGAACUGAUGGGCAUGUUCGUCCAGAAGCCGGAGAGCGCCACGGCAACGAAAGGCAAGGACAUCACGUUUGUGGCUAAAGUGGACUCCGGCAGCCUGACAAGGAAGCCAAACAUGAAAUGGCUGAAGGGGAAGUGGCUUGACCUGGGUAGCAAAGCUGGAAAGCACCUUCAGUUCAAAGAGACCUAUGACAGGAACACCAAGGUCUACACUUACGAGAUGAGCAUCAUCAAAGUAGUGGACGGAGACGCAGGUGGCUACCGCUGCGAGGUCACCUCCAAAGACAAGUGCGACAGCUGCACAUUCGAAGUCACCGUGCAGGCUGUACAAGAGGAGCAGCAGCAGCACAACAUCUUGGAGGCGUUUAAGCGAUCGGGAGAUGCAGGUGAUGACGCUGGUGAUCUAGACUUCAGCGCCCUGCUCAAGAAAAGGGAGAAAGGGCCGCCCAAAGAUAUUCCCAAAGAGGAAGUGGAUGUAUGGGAUAUCUUGAAGGACGCCAAGCCCUGCGACUAUGAGAAGAUUGCUUUUGAGUAUGGCAUCACAGACCUGAGGGGCUUGCUGAAGAGGUUGAAGAAGAUGAAGAAGGUGGAGCCCAAGAAGAGUGACGCUUUCCUGAAGAAGUUGAAUACAGCUUACUCAGUGGACAAGGGCAGGAGGAUCCAGCUCACUGUGGAGUUGGCUGACCCCAACGCUCCAAUCAAGUGGCUUAAAAACGGACAGGAAAUUAAACCAUCAGCCAAGUAUGUGUUUGAGAGCGUGGGCAACAAGCGGACACUCACUAUCAACAAGUGCAACCUGUCGGAUGACGCAGCGUACGAGUGCGUGGUCGGGGAGGAGAAGUGCUUCACGGAGGUUUUUGUCAAAGAGCCUCCGGUCACCAUCACCAAGCUGCUGGAUGACGUCCACACUGUGACGGGGGAGAAAGUGGAGUUUGAGGUGGAGGUGUCCGAGGAGGGAGCCAACGUCAAAUGGAUGAAAGAUGGAGUCGAGCUGAACAGAGACAGUCCAGGUUCAAAGUACAGAUUUAAAAAGGACGGCAAAAGGCACAUUUUGAUCAUAAAUGAAGCUACUAAGGAGGAUAUUGGAAUGUACUACGCCUUAACCAACGGUGGAGAGACAAAGGCAGAACUGGAAGUUGAAGAAAAGGAGCUUGAGGUUCUGCAGAGCAUAGCCGACCUGACGGUGAAGGCUGCUGAACAGGCUGUAUUCAAGUGUGAAGUGUCUGAUGAAAAAGUGACGGGAAAAUGGUUCAAGGACGGCGUCGAAGUCAAACCCAGUGAUCGCAUCAAAAUGACGCAUAUUGGAAGGACCCACAAGCUGACGGUUAAUGACGUGAAGCCUUCGGACGCUGGAGAUUAUACCUUUGUACCUGAUGGCUAUGCGCUUUCUCUGUCCGCAAAACUCAACUUCCUGGAAAUCAAGAUUGACUAUGUUCCCCGACAAGAGCCUCCCAAAAUCCACCUGGACACCAGUGGCACCGGCAGCAAGAACACCAUUACCGUUGUGGCUGGAAACAAACUUCGCCUUGACGUGGAGAUCACAGGAGAUCCAGCCCCCACUGUGUGCUGGAUGAGAGGAGACAAUGUGUUGUCUGAGACGGAGGGAAGGGUCCGUGUGGAGACGAGGAAGACCCUGAGCAGCUUUGUUAUUGAGGGGGCGGAGAAAGGAGACGAGGGCCAUUACUCCAUCACCGUGAACAACCCUGCUGGAGAAGACAAGGCUGAACUCUUUGUCAAAAUUGUGGAUGUGCCCAACCCUCCUGAGAAUGUCAAAUGCAUAUCAGUUGGCGAGGACAGCAGCACAAUCACAUGGGACCCUCCUGCUAUUGACGGUGGAGUUCCAGUUAAAGGGUAUCUGAUGGAGAGGAAGAAGGUUGGCUCAUCCAGAUGGACCAAGCUAAACUUUGAUGUUUUUGAGUCCACCACGUACGAGGCUAAGAAGAUGAUAGAAGGUGUACUUUAUGAGAUGAGAGUGUUUGCGGUCAACGGCAUUGGCGUCUCUCAGCCAAGUGCAAGCUCAAAGCCCUUCAUGCCCAUUGCCCCCACCAGCGAGCCCACUCGUCUCAUAGUGGAUGAUGUGACAGACAGUACCUGUGCACUCAAGUGGCGUCCUCCAGAGAAAGUCGGAGCAGGCGGCAUUGACGGUUACAUCAUUGAAUACUGCAAAGAAGGAAGUGACCAGUGGGUGCAGGCUAAUGCGACACUGGUGGAAAAGAGCAAUUACAGGGUGAAGGGUCUUCCAGUAGGGGAGAAGAUGCUGUUCAGGGUUGUGGCUGUCAACAUCGCUGGACGCAGCCCCCCCGCCACUCUCUCCCAGGCUGUUACUAUCAGAGAGAUCAUGGAACAUCCAAAAAUCCGCCUGCCUCGCCAGCUGAGAACUAAAGUCAUCCGGGUUGUGGGCGAUAAGGUGAACAUGGUCAUCCCCUUCCAGGGUAAGCCUCGUCCAAUCGUGACCUGGUACAAAGACGGCGUGUUGCUGGAGGACAAAUCAGUGGGAAUUCGUACCAGCGAUGUGGACACCAUCCUCUUCAUCCGCACCACAGAGAGAGAGCACUCUGGGAAGUACACGCUGUCCGUUCAGAUUGAGAACAUGUCGGACAGCGCUGACAUACACAUUCAGAUUGUAGACAAGCCCGGUCCUCCCAUCGCUGUGCUUGUCACAGAUAUCUGGGGUUUCAACGCUGCGCUGGAGUGGAAGCCGCCCAAAGACGACGGCAACUGUGAGAUUAUCGGCUACACUAUUCAGAAGUCUGACCUGAAGACCAAGGAGUGGUUCACGGUCUAUGAGCACAACCGUAGGCCCAGCUGCACUGCGUCUGACCUGGUCAUGGGGAACGAGUAUUCCUUUCGAGUGUUCAGUGAAAACAUCUGCGGCCUCAGCGAUGCGGCUGGCGUCAGCAAGAACACGGCAACCAUUACCAAAACAGAUUUGGACUUCAGCCCCACACCCUUCAGAGAGAGGGACCCAACCAGUUCCCCUAAAUUCACAGCGCCCCUGGUGGACAGAAGUGUGAUUGCAGGUUACACAACAGCCAUCAGCUGUGCCGUCCGCGGUUUCCCUAAGCCAAAGAUCAUUUGGAUGAAGAACAAUAUGAUAAUCGGUGAAGACCCCAAGUUUCUGAUGCAGAACAACCAGGGAGUGUUGACUCUGAAUAUCCGCAAGCCGGGCAUGUUUGACGGAGGCAGGUACUCCUGCAAGGCUGUCAACGAUCUCGGGGAAGACCUCGUGGAGUGCAGGCUGGAGGUUCGAGUCGUACAAGAGAAAGCAGAGGAGGUGAAGAAAUAA